AAAACUGGAGCGCCGACUAGGCGCUCGGCUGUUGGAGGAUGGACGGCGGAGGAGGAUGAGGUGCUGCGGAGAGCUGUAUCCUACUACGGGGCGAAAAAUUGGAAGAAGAUAGCUGAGCAUUUUGAGGACAGGACUGACGUCCAGUGUCUCCAUCGAUGGCAGAAGGUUCUCAAUCCCGAGCUCGUCAAGGGGCCUUGGACUCCAGAGGAGGACCUGAAGAUCAUUGAGCUGGUGACACGGCUGGGAGCCAAGAGGUGGUCACUUAUUGCCAAGGAUCUGCCUGGCCGCAUUGGCAAGCAGUGCAGAGAGAGAUGGCACAACCACCUGGACCCCACCAUCAAGAGGGGAGACUGGACCAAGGAGGAGGAUAGCAUGCUGGUGGAGAAGCACGCAGAGUACGGCAACCAGUGGGCCAAAAUUGCGCAGUUCCUGCCCGGCCGCACAGACAACGCCAUCAAGAACCACUGGAACAGCACGAUGCGGCGCAAGGUGGAGAGC